AUGGACGCCGUUCGGGAUCUCACAAGCAGCGGCAAGAGCUUUGUCAAGGAUGGCCAGCAGUUCAUGAACAAGUGCACCAAGCCGGACCAGAAGGAAUACCUCCAGAUCUGCCGCGCCGUCGCAAUCGGCUUCGCCAUGAUGGGCGGAAUCGGCUACCUCGUCAAGCUCAUCCACAUCCCCAUCAACAACAUCCUCGUCGGUGGCGCAUAA